AUGGGAGGAAUCCGUGAGAAGAAAGCUGAAUACUUCGCCAAGCUCAGAGAGUACUUGGAAGAAUACAAGUCUGUGUUCGUUGUCGGUGUCGACAAUGUCUCUUCGCAGCAGAUGCACGAGGUCAGAAAGGACCUGAGAGGCCGUGGUGUCGUCCUCAUGGGUAAGAACACCAUGGUUAGACGUGCCAUCAGAGGUUUCCUCUCUGACUUGCCAGACUUCGAGAAGUUGUUGCCUUUCGUCAAGGGUAACGUCGGUUUCGUCUUCACCAACGACUCUUUGAAGGACAUCAAGGAGGUCAUCACCUCCAACGUUGUCGCCGCCCCAGCCAGAGCUGGUGGUAUUGCCCCAGAGGACAUCUGGGUCAGAGCCGUCAACACCGGUAUGGAGCCAGGUAAGACCUCUUUCUUCCAGGCUUUGGGUGUCCCAACCAAGAUUGCCAGAGGUACCAUUGAGAUUGUCUCCGACGUCAAGGUCGUUGAUGCCGGUACUAAGGUCGGUGCUUCCGAGGCUGCUUUGUUGAACUUGUUGAACAUCUCUCCUUUCGUUUUCGGUUUGACUGUCGUCCAGGUCUACGACAACGGCCAAGUGUUCCCAUCCUCCAUCUUGGACAUCACCGACGAGGAGUUGGUCAAGCACUUCGUCUCUGCCGUCGCCACCAUCUCUGCCAUCUCUUUGGCCAUUGGUUACCCAACCUUGCCAUCUGUUGGUCACUCUAUCGUCAACAACUACAAGAACUUGUUGGCCGUCGCCAUUGCCUCCAAGUACAUCUACCCAGAGAUCGAGGAGUUGGCUGACAGAAUCGAGAACCCAGACAAGUACGCUUCUGCUGCUCCAGUCGCCGCUGCCGACUCUUCUUCUGCCCCAGCUGAGGAAGCUGCCCCAGAGGAGGACGAGGAGUCUGAGGACGACGACAUGGGAUUCGGUCUGUUCGACUAA